AUGCGGGCGCUGUCACAGCACCCGCAGUCGGCUGUCGGGCCGCGGCUGGUCGACGACGCUGAACCCGGCAGUGGCCAGGCAACUGCAGAUGACGCCCCGGCGGGCGCGGCCCCCGCACGCCGGCAGCGAGGGAGCGCCAAAUUUCGGUUCUGGCACGACGAGCGGCGGUUCAAGGGCGCCUCCGACAAAUGCAUCGUGCAGCAGGCGCUGUUCGACGCGGGGGGCGUCCGCACCGGUGGCUACCCCAAGUGCUCGCCGCUGCCCGGCCCGCUGGGCCACCAGCGCGCGCGCGACUGGGACGUGCUCUGGUCGCCCGCGCGCACUGCGCUCAAGGCGCUGCCGGCGCUCAAGCCGGGGCAGCUGAUCAGUGCGCUGCCGGGGAUGAUGAGCGUCACGAAGAAGCGCCGCCUGAGCGUGACUCUCAAGCAGGCAUACGGCGCCGACGCAUUCAGCUUGGUGCCCCUCACAUUCAGCCUGCCCGCCGAGUUGUCUGCCUGGCGCGCGUGGCUGGAUUCGGAGGCGGCGGCGGGGCGGGACGCGGGGCCCUGGAUGCUCAAGACGGCGCAGCACCUCGGCAUGGGGCUGUGCCUGCUGCCUGGGGAGCAGGCCUAUGCGCACACACUCACACCCAGGCUGCCCGCCGCCAAGCCGUGGGUGCUGGCGCAGCGAUACGUGGCCGACCCCAUGCUGAUCGACGGCCGCAAGUUUGGGGUGCGGCUGUGGGUUCUGGUGACGGGCGCGGCGCCGCUGCGGGCCUACCUGAGCGACCGGGGGCUGGUGCUAUUCAGCACUGAGGGGUGA